AGUGUUUGGACCCUUAACCUCUAAGACACCUAACAUGAUUAUUAAAUCGGGUCCCAAAUAAGUCAUCCUAGUUCAUUCAUUCACCCCCAUAAUCUCCGUCGAUUGUUCUCUCAAUCUGGGUGCUAGAAAUUGGCGAUGGUCGAUAACAUCGAUGAUAUCAUCAAAUGGGACGAUGUAGAUCACAUCUUCCACAACGUUCUAGACAAUCCCACCGACGAUCUAUUCACUCUUCAUGAUUCGCCGCCACCGACAUUCCAGCAGAUCGAGCAGCUUCUUAUGAACGAUGAUGAUGUCGGUUUUGUUUCUUUCGAAGAGGCGGCUGAUCCUCAAUUUGCUGCCGACUUUCUCUCCGACGUGCUCGUCGAUUCCCCUCUUCAACCCGAUCAUUCUACCUCUGCUGAAGAAGCCAUUGGAUUCCUCGAUUCCAAGGUUUCUAGUGGAUCCGAGGGCGAUCAGGACAAGGAAAAGGUUUCUAGUGGAUCCGAGGGCGAUCAGGACAAGGACAAGGUUUCCCAGUCUCCCUCUGACAGUGCUGACGAACUAAACAAGGAUGACCCCGUCGACAAGAAGCGCAAGAGGCAAUUGAGGAACAGAGAUGCAGCUGUGAGGUCACGAGAGAGGAAGAAGUUGUAUGUUAGGGAUCUUGAGUCGAAGAGUAGAUACUUUGAAUCAGAGUGCAAAAGGCUGGGGUUUGUUCUCCAGUGCUGUCUUGCUGAAAAUCAAGCUUUACGUUUCUCUUUGCAGAAUAGUAGUGCUAAUGGUGUUUCUAUGACCAAGCAGGAGUCUGCCGUGCUCUUGUUGGAAUCCCUGCUGUUGGGUUCCCUGCUUUGGUUCCUGGGCAUCACAUGCCUGCUCAUUCUACCCAGCCAAACCUGGUCCAUUCCAGAAGAAAAUCAGGGAAGCAGAAACCACGGGCUUCUGGUUCCAGUAAAGGAAGGAAAAAAGACUAGUCGGGUUUUGGUGUUCCUGUCCUUCAUGAUGGGCAAAAGAUGCAAAGCUUCAAGAUCAAGGAUGAAGUUCAACCUCCAUUCUUUGGGAAUUGUGAUGUGACUAGUUGUGAUCAAAUCCUUUCCCUUAGGUGGAUCAUGGUUCCUUUUGAGUUCUCUAGUUUGUAUCAGAGACUCUGUAUGUGUCUUGCUUCGACAUCUGAAGGACGUAGUUUACUGUUAUUAGUUAAUGACUUAUGAGCUAUAUUUGGAUCUAUGCAACUUUUUUUAACAGUUCCAGCCGAAAUUUGUUUAAUCUUUA